AUGAUAGUAAGCUUCUUCGAUCAAUUUGCAAGCCCAUCCUACCUGGGAAUCCCACUAAUUGCCAUCGCAAUUGCCCUCCCCUGAGUACUUUACCCAACCCCAUCAUCUCGAUGAAUUAACAACCGGCUUAUUACGGCCCAAGAAUGAUUUAUCAACCGCUCCACAAAUCAACUAAUAAUACCACUAAGUGUACAAGGACAUAAAUGAGCAUUACUUCUAACUUCACUAAUAAUCUUCUUAAUUACAAUUAAUAUGCUAGGCCUACUACCCUAUACUUUUACACCCACAACACAACUAUCACUUAACAUGGGAUUCGCUGUGCCACUAUGACUUGCCACAGUAAUUAUUGGAAUGCGAAAUCAACCAACAGUCGCCCUAGGACACCUACUUCCGGAAGGAACACCUAUUCCACUGAUCCCAGUACUAAUUAUCAUCGAAACAAUUAGCCUAUUUAUUCGACCAUUAGCCCUAGGGGUUCGACUUACAGCCAACCUAACCGCAGGCCACCUACUAAUCCAACUCAUCGCCACCGCUGUAUUUGUUCUUCUACCAAUAAUACCGACAGUAGCAAUUCUAACUGCCGCCGUACUUUUCCUGCUCACCCUACUAGAAGUAGCAGUUGCAAUAAUCCAAGCCUAUGUAUUUGUACUUCUCUUAAGCCUCUACCUACAAGAAAACACCUA